UGGGCGGCGAUAUACUAAACGAAUUUCAGAUUAAAAACAAUUUUGUCACCAUCUUCCAAGCAAAAUAUUAGAAUUGAAUAGAAUUGAAGUCCUUUUGUGGUUGCUGAAGAGAUUGGAUGUCAGCAUCCGGACUCCAACAUGGAGAAGCUAGAGAGAAUUCAUCAAAACAGGCAAGUAAUGGCCUUUAUUUUGACGGUGUUCUUGUCUCAGGUUUACCCCGAGCCUAUUCGUUAUUCUGUGCUGGAGGAAACAGAGAGCGGCUCCUUUGUAGCCCACCUCACCAAGGAUCUGGGCCUGGGAACUGGGGAACUGGCUGCCCGGUCAGCUCGGGUGGUGUCUGAUGAUGACAAGCAGCAUUUACUGCUGGAGCGUCAGACUGGAAAUUUGCUUUUGAGGGAGAAACUAGACCGGGAAGAGCUAUGUGGCCCUAUUGAACCGUGUGUACUGCACUUCCAAGUGUUCCUGGAAAUGCCAGUGCAAUUUUUUCAAGGAGAAUUAUCAAUCCAGGACAUAAAUGACCACUCUCCAGUAUUCCCUGAUAGUGAAAUGCUCUUGAAAAUACCAGAAAACAGCCAGCCAGGGACUCUGUUUCCGUUGAUAUCAGCUCAGGAUUUGGAUGUGGGCAGCAAUGGUCUUCAACACUAUACAAUCAGCCCCAAUUCUCAUUUUCACAUUCUCACUCGAAAUCAUAGUGAGGGCAAGAAAUACGCAGAUUUGGUGCAGGACAAAGCACUGGAUCGAGAGGAGCAGGCUGAGUUCAGCUUAACCCUAAUGGCGCUGGAUGGUGGGUCUCCACCUAGGUCUGGCAUGGUCAUGGUUCGAAUCCUGAUAAUGGACGUCAAUGACAAUGCUCCUGAGUUUGUGCACACCUCAUAUGAGGUGCAGGUUUUGGAAAACUGCCCCAUAGACUCUCCAUUACUUAGUGUCUUAGCUAGGGAUGUAGAUGCUGGAAACUUCGGGAGUGUUUCCUAUGGCUUUUUCCAAGCAUCGGAUGAAAUCAAACAAACUUUCUCAAUAAAUAAGGCCACAGGAGAAAUCCGACUGAAAAAGAAACUGGACUUCGAAAAAAUUAAAUCUUAUCACAUGGAAAUUGAGGCUACAGAUGGAGGAGGCCUUUCUGGGAAAGGCGCUGUAAUCAUAGAGGUGGUGGAUGUGAACGACAACGCCCCCGAACUUACCAUAUCUUCCCUCACCAGCUCCAUCCCAGAAAACGCUCCUGAUACCGUGGUCUCUAUCUUCAGAAUUCGAGAUAGAGAUUCUGGAGACAAUGGAAAGAUGUCUUGCUCUAUUCCAGACAACCUGCCAUUCAUUCUAAACCCAACUUUCAAGAAUUUCUACACCCUGGUAACAGAAGGAGCGCUGGACAGAGAAAGCCAAGCUGAGUACAACAUCACCAUCACCAUCACCGACUUGGGCACACCGAGGCUCAAAACCGAGCACAGCAUAACCGUGCAGGUGUCCGAC